AACUGUCAAAUAUCCCAACAAUGUCCUCACCCUCUUUCCCCCUCCUCUCCCCUCCCUAGAAGAUUCAGCUCAUUUAACACUUGGUAGGCCAUGCGUUAGUUAAGCCCCUUUCAGCUGUCACCCCUGUACUCUCUCACCUACAUUGCUACCAGACUGACAACUCCCAUUUCAAAUGGGUUUGCCCCUAAGUCUAACAUAAUGUUCCCAUUUCCCUUCAACCCUCGAAUUGUGGCUAACUAUCCUGGAUACCACCCUCUGGAAUUCCCUAAACCCCUCCGAUUCCUUGGCCAAGCCUUCAUUCACCUGGCUAAAUACCCUUUGAUGUGGCUCAGGGUCCAUUUCCUCUUAGUGUCUAUUAAGUGGAAGGUGCUAUAUAAAUGCAAUUAGCUGUAUAUUUCUAGGAAGUUUCCAGUUGCUGGAGUGGUGAAGGUACAGGAAGCAUCAGCACAGGCCGAGUGCCCCAGUGCAGGGUCCUAUCCUGCUCGCAUUCAGUGAGACCUUCAUGCAAGGCCUCCAUUUCCCCUCUGAGGGUGAAAAAUCGAACGGUCGCUGUUUUGAAGUUGGAGUUAUCCAUGGUGUCUGACUAAUGUCCAGGUGGAGGAUGGAGCAAUGCCUUGCUGCUGAGGGCCUGAGUGUUGUACGUGGAGUAAACAAACUCGUCAAUUUUGGGCUGCAUGUUGUGAGCUGGAAUGUGGGAACUGCUCCUCCUCCUGAUGAUCUCAGCAACCUGCUGCAUUUGGAUUCUCCGGGCCGGGAGCCGGACAUGUAUGUGAUUGGUUUACAGGAACUGAACUCGAAGCUCUCUUCGUUUCUCAUUGACCUGGCUUUCCACGAUGCGUGGACCAUCCAGUUCACCAACUCACUGGCUCCACUCGGCUACGUUAAGAUAACCUCCAUCCGGAUGCAAGGAGUCCUGCUGCUGAUCUUUGUCAAGUGUCCACACCUGCCCUACAUCCGGGACCUGGAGACGAACUACACACGGACAGGUGUGUUCGGAUACUGGGUAAGGGAGCAGCGCAGGACCGUGGGAGAUCUUCAUCGUCACUGUCUGAAAGAUGGCCAUCGUGCUGACUCACCAGGAAACAUUCGGGAUAAAAAUACUUACAAUGCUGGCAACAAUCCAGCUACAUCCAGGGAGAGGGAGAAGUAGGAGAUAACGAUUAGA